AAACCCCACUCCACUCCCUGCUCCCUCGACGAACUCCACCAAAGAAAAAAUCGGCACAGGAGCAAACCCCUAGGCCGCUCCCCCCCUGCUCCGCGUCCAUGGCGACGGACGCCUCCCCCCCUCCGCCGCGCAAGAGCCCGGGGCCUCAGCCGGCGGCGGGCCCCCCUGAAGGCGCCUCGCCGCUGCCGGCGGGGUACAUCUUCAUGUGCAGCGGCGAGACCAGGCCCGAGUGCUUCAGGUACAGGGUGCUGGGCCUGCCGCGGGGGAGGCUGGACGCCGUCUCCCGGAUCAGGCGCGGCGCCGCGCUCUUCCUCUACGACUUCCACGCCAAGCACCUCUACGGGCCCUACCGCGCCGACUCCGACGGCGGCCUCGCCCUCGAGCCCGCCGCCUUCCAGGGCCGCUACCCGGCCCAGGUCAAAUUUGUGGUUGAUGGUGAUUUCAUGCCUAUCCCAGAGAGUAGCAUAAGAAGUGCCAUAAGUGAGAAUUAUUCCCGUGGGAAAUUUUGGCCUGAACUUACCUUUACGCAAGUUGAGAAAUUGAGAGCAUUGUUCCGUCCAGUUACUUCACUGCCAGUGCCAGAGGCACCACCCCUGCAUUAUGUUGACAACAGGCAUCCUGCUCAAUCUGCUGCUUUUCUGCCUCCUUCAGCUUCAUACCCAAUACAGCCAACUUCUUAUGUGUAUCACCCAAGCACUUAUGCUCCUACUCCAGCUGCUCAUCUGGUGCCAAAUCGACCAUACCCACGCCCAGAUUCUCACCUUCCUGUGACUGCUCAAUACACCACACCUGCUUACUAUGCGACCCCAACCGCGUAUCCGUAUCAAGCAGGUUAUCAAGCAUAUGGUCCACCUCCUGCCACCUACCACUACGCCCAAGCGCCUCCUUUGCAAUAUCACUAUGUGCAAGCCCAACACCCUGUGCCAGAACAUGUUACAGACCCUGCCUAUUCCUCUGAUCCCUACUAUGUUGCUAAUUGGAAUGAUCCAUAUCGAUUUGAUGCUGUGAAAUCUCAUUACCAGGAAACAACUUCUGGAAGAGCUGCCUAUGGUGCACCACCACAUGAAGCAGCCGCGACGAACCUGCAGCUCGUCAGGCAUUAUGGGUACGCUCCAGGCAGCGAGGGCGCAGCCGGAGGAACCCCACAGCCCAGUGCUGAAGGAGCAGCGUCGGCGACCAAUGAUGACAACUGGCCGCCCGCCCCAGCGACCACACAGGCUGCGCCUUUGGUGAAUGGCGUCGCAGCUGCACCGGCUUACCUGUGACCAUUCAGUUCUUUUCGCUGGUGUGCUUGACCAAGGGACUGGGAUUUCAGGCCGGUGAAAGAUGGCAUCGCUCUCGUUUCCGCUGAUGUGUUUGGUAUGAUGUAUAGAUAGAUGGAUUCAGCUGCUGCUCUUUGGUUUGCUAGACUGGUGGUACUAACUGGUAGCCUAGCACAAUCGUUGACCGUUUUGCGCAAGUUGUUGAGAUGGGUCAUUGUGGUGUCAUUGUGUUUGUGGGUGAUUUUUGACAAAAUUGACUCCUUAUCGAAAGUUCAGCCAAAAGAUAAACUUCUUCCGAAGUUUUAGCCGAACCUAAUCCUUUUGCUCAACUGAGUGAAAUGAAGUUUCCAGUA